CUCCCAUUAAUUUAAAUGGAGCAUAGAAGGAUCAUAGACCUGAUGAAGUGAACAACGUUUCUUCAACCAAAACCCCCCAAUUUAUUUCUCGAAACAAUUUCUACUAUGGCGCAUCGAGAAUCGAUGAUGAUUAAACUCCUUCUAGGGUUUAUGCUACUGAGCUGCAUGCAUCAUGAAUCAGCAAUUGGUAGGUUUGUAGUUGAAAAAAACAGCUUAACAGUUACUUCUCCUGAAUCCAUCAAAGGAAAUCACGACAGUGCCAUUGGCAACUUCGGAAUUCCUCAGUACGGCGGUAGUAUGGCCGGAACAGUCGAUUACCCGAAAGAAAACAAAAAAGGUUGUCGAAAGUUCGACGAAUUCCGGAUUUCUUUCAAAGCAAAUCCCGGAGCAUUGCCUAAAUUUGUUCUUCUCGAUCGUGGAGAUUGUUUUUUUGCUUUGAAAGUAUGGAACGCCCAAAACGCUGGUGCAUCAGCUGUUCUUGUUGCAGACGACAUUGACGAACCACUAAUCACCAUGGAUAGACCUGAAGAAGACGGUUCCUCUUCAAAAUACAUAGAAAACAUAACAAUCCCAUCGGCAUUAAUCUCCAAUAACUUCGGUGAAACCCUGAAAAAAGCAAUCAGUAACGGCGACAUGGUAAACCUAAAUCUUGAUUGGAGAGAAUCCGUUCCACAUCCAGAUGAUCGAGUCGAAUAUGAACUAUGGACAAACAGCAACGAUGAAUGUGGAGUUAAAUGCGACAUGUUAAUGGAGUUUGUGAAGAGUUUCAAAGGGGCAGCACAAAUUCUUGAGAAGGGUGGAUAUUCCCUUUUUACCCCUCAUUAUAUCACAUGGAUUUUAGCACAGGAUUUUCAAAUAAGGUGUCCCAUGAAAGAGAAGAAGUAUAAUAAGGAGUGUGCUGAUGAGGUCAUCAAAUCCCUAGGACUUGAUUUGGGAAAGAUUGAGAAGUGUAUGGGAGACCCUAAUGCGGAUUCGGAUAAUAUUCUCCUUAAAGAAGAACAAGAUGCUCAAAUUGGGAAGGGGUCAAGAGGUGAUGUGACGAUAUUGCCCACACUUGUGGUUAAUAAUAGACAAUACCGAGGAAAGUUAGAAAAAGGUGCUGUUUUGAAGGCCAUUUGCUCUGGUUUUGAAGAAACAACCGAGCCUGCUGUUUGUCUUAGUGAUGGUGUGGAAACAAACGAGUGCUUGGAGAAUAAUGGUGGUUGCUGGCAUGAUAAAUCCACCAAUGUCACUGCAUGCAAGGAUACAUUUCGUGGGAGAGUUUGUGAGUGUCCUUUGGUUGAUGGAGUACAAUUCAAAGGAGAUGGGUAUACCUCAUGUGUAGCAAGUGGGCCAGGGCAUUGUAAGAUCAAUAAUGGAGGAUGUUGGCACGAAAGCCGAGAUGGUGAUUCAUUCUCAGCUUGUCUGGAUAAUGAAAACGGGAAAUGUGCAUGUCCUUUGGGGUUUAAAGGCGAUGGUGUGAAAAGUUGUGAAGAUGUUGAUGAAUGUAAAGAGAAGAAAGCAUGCCAAUGUCCAGAAUGCAGUUGCAAGAAUACAUGGGGAAGCUAUGAGUGUAGUUGUAGUGGUGAUUUUCUUUAUUAUAAAGACCAUGAUACCUGCAUAAGUAAGACAGCUGGCAAAGGUAAAUCUUCAUGGGCUGCCAUGUGGAUUAUUUUCUUGAGCUUAGCAAUGGCUGCAGGUGGAGCAUAUCUUGUAUACAAGUAUAGAUGGAGGUCAUACAUGGAUUCAGAGAUCAGAGCUAUCAUGGCACAAUACAUGCCUCUUGACAACCAAAGUGGAGUGGUGAAUCAUGUGAGCGAGAAUCAUGCGUGAAAAGACAUAAUUAUCCCUUGAAGAGUUUACACACAUCUUUAUAUAGACUAGAGUGACACAUUAAGCAAAGUGCUAGUGUAGAACUUGUAGAAAACUUGCUCUGUGUCCAAUUUGAAUUAGAUUUAGACAUUUAGGGCUAUUUUCAAUGAUAAGGAUGACAAGGGCAUUCAUGUCUUUUGCACAUAUGAGAGAGAAAGAGAUCAAAUGUGAGCCCUAGCUGCGUGUUCAUCGUUUAUCAAGAAUUGUUAAAAUAACAUGAGAAUUGAGAAGAACAAAUUGACAAUUUUCAUUUAUCAAGAAAUGCUC